CCGCAUUCAUCCCCUGCCAGAGAGGUGAAAUGCAGUCGGCAACGCGUCGCGCCAUCUCAGUAGGUCGAAGUGGCAGCUGUGCAGCCGUCACGAGGCCAGAUCUGCCGCCUCCCUUCCGCGUACAGGCGCAUCUCGUUCGCCACAGCACGUCCCCAGCCGACAGCGCAGCUGACAAGGCAGCGCCAGGGUCAUCCGAAGGCGGAUCUGUCGGAUGUGGCGGAUCGGAUCCGUCCGCAGCGUUAUUGCCACGUGUUGAUCCAUGGAUGCUCAAGGCGUCGCGGUACCUGGAGAGGGUGUCGGGGAUGUCCUUCCCUCGAGAGCUCAUGGAGUUCCACUACUCAUGGGUGAGCGAGUCAGCGAGUCAGUGAGUGGAUGAGUGGAAAAGACGGAAGCGAUGGAAGAGCUUAUUUGCGUGUGUGCGCAGGUUAAGCUGCAGCGUACCCCGACCGAGUUGGACAAGGAGAGGGGGGACAUGAUCAGCCCUGCCAGGCAGGCAGGCAUGGUGCUGGUUCUGCGCGAGGCAGAGACCUACCCGCCACGGUCAAUCCAUCUCGUAGGUGUCCCGCCGGGCAUGGAACGGAGGUCAGGCCGACCAGCCACACACACAGACAGACAGACAGACAGACACUCCUGUUCAUCCGUCAUUCCAUCAGUAGCGAGCUGGUUCGUGAGGUGAUUGGCGAGGUGCGGCCUGGUGCCGUGAUGGUGGCGUGUGACGAGUCGAGAUCGCAUAUGCUCAACCCCAAUAGGACCAUUACACAGGUGAGCUCGAGUGCCAUCAACACAUGAGAGGAUUGGCCAAUCUUUGACAAUGUUUGUGCAGCGUGCCUCUGCGUCCCUCAAAGACCGCGUCAACUCGUUCAGGGUGACGAUAAAUCGAUGGCUGCAUGGCGCAUACACUGAUGUCUGUGCUGUCCUGUCCUGUGCUGUCCUGUGCUGUGCUGUCCUGUGCUGUGCUGUGCUGUGGUUGUGUGGUUGUUGAAUUUGCAGCGGCAGUUUCGCAGGGAGAGCACCUUGGAAGACGUCAAAGACAACCAAACAUGGAUGGACGCCAGGGGUACGCUACGCGGGGGCAGCCAGGCCACACACCUUACACACCUUACACACCAUCUGCCAUCUUUCUGAGCUGAUGUGCAGGUCUGCAUGUGGGUCAGGAGAUGGUGGAUGCCGUGUCGUCCGCCAAGGAGUGCGGGGCCACCAUUCUGCUCGGCGACCAGCCACUUGAACAAACAGCAAAGUACUUAGGCGGGCGGGCGGGAGGGCGGGAAGGACACCUUGUCGAUCGCUGGUUGGCUCUUGUCUUGUCUCGUCUCGUCUCGUUUUGUCCGCCAGGCGUUUGUUGGAGGCCGAGCAGGACAUGGGCAGGUAUCGGCUGCUCAAGUGGGUCAACUACAUGGUGCACUACAACACUGACGUACGUACGCAGGGAGGGACGCACUCGUUGCACCGCACCCCGGCCCACGCCACACAGGGGAGACAGACAGACAGACAGACAGGGGGGAUGUGUGUCUGGGAUGCGUGUGUUGCGUUCGUUGUUCAGACGACAUUCAGACAGUACUUCAAAGAGCAGGAUGACGACAGAAAGACGCUGUACAGCGACAGCACACACACAUCAGUCGCUUCCUGCCCUUGUCUGCCCUUCACGGCUGUAUGUGCUGUGCUGUGCUGUGAUGUGGUGCAGCUUGUGUCUGGAGGUGGUGGACACCCUCAGCCAAAUGAUGAGAAGCCAAGCCAGACCGGUAAGUCCGCUGCACCCAGAGAGAACCAGUGUCCCUCUUCUCUUCUCUCGUGUGUCAUGCGCUUGUAUCGGCGCAUGAGUGAGUGCAGCUGUUUGAUGCCCUGGUGAGCGAGAGGGGCGUGCACAUGGCAGACGUCAUCCGACAGUCAACCGAGACCAAGUCAGUCAGUCAGUCAGUACUCGCAAGGCACACCGAUGAAGCACCAACACCCAUUAUCCAUCCCUUCUCUUGACCACUGCCUUUCUGUUUUCAUCAAUCAGGGUGGUUGCGGCGAUGGAUUUGCUGCACGUGUCGGGUGUGGCGGCCAGCCUGGGCACGAGAUACGACAAGACCUCUUGCACACUCGUCCGCUUGCGUCUUUGACUGACUGGCGUGACCUGACCCCUGGAUGUGUGUCAAAGUGGCUCGCGUCGUGAGAGAAAGAUGCUGCCUGUUGUGUAGAUGGGAUGGAUGGAUGGACGGAUGGAUGACCAAACGGACGGUCAGCAGUUCAGAUGUGGGAUAUUUGUGGAUGACUUGAAGGUGGGCAUGAAAGUCCUGAGUCCG